CCACUUCUAUCACAUGUGUAACUGCGAUUUUAGCAGAUGUGACAGAAGCCGCUCGAGCUGUCGUACAUAUCUCUCCAUUAAGCUUAGUUGUGAGUGUUUCGGCACUUUUCCGGUCUCGAACUGCAAGCUCACGCCAUGUCUGGACACGGUCACGGCCACGGCGGUGGACACAGUCACGGUUGCUGUGAAUGCGAUCACGAGCCAGCAGAGCGAGGAGUGGAAUAUGAGCUGUACAAACGCAUUGAUAUCGAGAAGCUUCAGUGUUUGAAUGAGAGCCGAGACGGAGACGGUAAACUGGUGUUCAAGCCUUGGGAUCAACGCACUGACCGGAUGAAGUUUGUUGAAAGCGAUGCUGACGAGGAGCUUCUGUUCAAUAUACCGUUUACAGGUAGCGUGAAGCUGAAAGGGAUCAUUAUUUCUGGAGAAGAUGAUGAGUCACACCCAGCUGAAAUGAGACUGUACAAGAACAUCCCCCAAAUGUCAUUUGAUGAUACAAGCAGAGAGCCAGAGCAAGCGUUUCGUCUAAACCGGGAUCCGCUUGCUGAGCUUGAGUAUCCUACCAAGAUUGCAAGAUUCUCCAACGUCCAGCACUUAUCAAUCCACAUAUCUCGAAACUUUGGGGCAGAAUCCACUCAUGUGUAUUACAUUGGUCUGCGGGGAGAGUACACAGAGGCUCAUAGGCAUGAGGUCACAAUCUGCAACUAUGAAGCAGCAGCCAACCCAGCAGAUCACAAAGUGGAGAACAUUACACCUCAGACACAGUUCAUAUCAUGACAAAUGGAGGAGCGAGAAUCUCACGUGUGCUGUGUGAAACUAUAAAAGUGUGCAUGAGUUUUGAUAACGGUGAGAUGAUGAACUGAGAGAACCUGUGUGUUCUUUGAUGUAUUCAACAGGGGUUUCUUCACAAGGGUUUGUUAAUCUGCAGUUCUGCUAAUGUGCCAAUAAACCUUAGGCUAUAUAAGCAUAAUUACUUAAUGUAUGCUUACGUCAAAUAAACAGUGUAUCCUUCAACUAACAGAACAGAUGAGGCUUGCAAGAAGCCUGUUCCUUAGAAAAACAUUUCUAAAGUG